AUGCCAGCACAGAAGGAACGGUUUUCACAAAUUCGGGCUGGCAACAUAGAACCGCACUGGUGGGUUGACUUCAAGAGAGAGUGGACCUACGCAGGUGCAAAUGAAGAAGAAAGAGCAAAAAUGCGUAGCAAUAAAAGAAAGAGAAGCAUUGAUACAAGUAAUUCAAGUGGUCCAUACUUUACCGAAGUUCCUCAAUGGGGUUGCAGCUGCCCUGCUUUUUUCAGAAAUCGCUUCUUGUUAUGUAAGCAUUUAGUAAGGCAGACUGUAAAUACGCCCAACGGAAAAAGACGACGUUUACUUAGGUGUGGGUUCGAACGUCGGACCACAUCACCAUUCCUCAUUCUGAAAGAUCUUGACAAUAAUGAUAAUACAUCAGAAACUCAAGCUGUUGCUCAAGUUGCCGAAAACUAUGACGUUGAUAGUUUUCCUGACAGUUAUGAUGUUGAGGCAGGUGAAGAUCCAGAUGAAGAGGCUUGUAUUUACGUAGAAUCGAAUUGGGAACUAUUUGAACAGGCCUUUGAAAGGAUCCGUUCUGAAAAAGCUGCUAAUAAUUGGCGACACGUUGGUGCUAUGAUGAAAUGGAGCAG